UGAGUGGACAAAAUGGCGAAGAUUGCCAAGACUCACAAAGAUAUUGAAGCACAGAUUCGAGAAAUUCAAGGCAAGAAGGCAGCUCUUGAUGAAGCUCAAGGAGUGGGCCUUGAUUCUACAGGUUAUUAUGACCAGGUAUAUGGUGGAAGUGACAGCAGAUUUACUGGGUAUGUGACAUCAAUUGCUGCAAGUGAACUUGAAGAUGAUGACGAUGACUACUCAUCAUCUACAAGUUUGCUUGGUCAGAAGAAGCCAAGAUAUCAUGCCCCUGUGGCAUUGCUUAAUGAUAUACCUCAGUCAACGGAACAGUAUGAUCCGUUUGCUGAGCACCGACCUCCGAAGAUUGCUGACCGGGAAGAUGAAUACAAAAAGCACAGGCGGACCAUGAUAAUUUCCCCAGAGCGUCUUGAUCCUUUUGCAGAUGGAGGGAAGACCCCUGAUCCUAAAAUGAAUGCUAGAACUUACAUGGAUGUAAUGCGAGAGCAGCAUUUGACUAAAGAAGAGAGAGAAAUUAGGCAACAACUAGCAGAAAAAGCUAAAGCUGGAGAACUGAAAGUCAUCAGUGGAGCAGCAGCAUCCCAGCCUCCCUCAAAACGAAAACGCCGUUGGGAUCAAACAGCUGAUCAGAUUCCUGGUGCCACUCCCCAAAAGCUGUCAUGUUGGGAUCAAGCAGAGACCCCUGGACAUACCCCUUCCUUAAGAUGGGAUGAGACGCCAGGCCAUGCAAAGGGAAGUGAGACUCCUGGAGCAACCCCAGGCUCAAAAAUAUGGGCUCCUACACCAAGUCACACACUAGCGGGAGCUGCUACUCCUGGACGCGGUGAUACACCAGGCCAUGCAACACCGGGCCAUGGAGGUGCAACUUCCAGUGCUCGUAAAAACCGCUGGGAUGAGACCCCCAAGACAGAAAGAGACACUCCUGGGCAUGGAAGUGGAUGGGCUGAGACGCCUCGAACAGAUCGAGGUGGAGAUUCAAUUGGUGAAACACCCACUCCUGGAGCCAGUAAAAGGAAAUCACGUUGGGAUGAAACACCAGCCAGUCAGAUGGGUGGAAGCACUCCUGUUCUGACCCCUGGGAGAACACCAAUUGGCACACCAGCCAUGAACAUGGCUACCCCUACUCCAGGUCACAUAAUGAGUAUGACUCCUGAACAGCUUCAGGCUUGGCGUUGGGAGAGAGAAAUUGAUGAGAGAAAUCACCCACUUUCUGAUGAAGAAUUAGAUGCUAUGUUUUCAGAAGGAUAUAAGGUACUUCCUCCUCCAGCUGGUUAUGUUCCUAUUCGAACUCCAGCUCGAAAGCUCACAGCGACUCCAACACCUUUGGGUGGUAUGACUGGUUUCCACAUGCAAACUGAAGACAGAACUAUGAAAAGUGUCAAUGACCAACCAUCUGGAAAUCUUCCCUUUUUAAAACCUGAUGAUAUUCAGUACUUUGAUAAACUUUUGGUUGAUGUUGAUGAAUCAACACUUAGUCCAGAAGAGCAAAAAGAGAGAAAAAUAAUGAAAUUGCUUUUAAAAAUUAAGAAUGGUACACCUCCAAUGAGAAAGGCUGCAUUGCAUCAGAUUACUGAUAAAGCUCGUGAAUUUGGAGCUGGUCCUUUGUUUAAUCAGAUCCUUCCUCUACUGAUGUCUCCUACACUUGAGGAUCAAGAACGUCAUUUGCUUGUUAAAGUUAUUGAUAGAAUAUUAUACAAACUUGAUGACUUAGUUCGACCAUAUAUGCAUAAGAUCCUUGUGGUCAUUGAACCAUUGCUGAUUGAUGAAGAUUACUAUGCUAGAGUGGAAGGCCGAGAGAUUAUUUCUAAUUUGGCAAAGGCUGCUGGUCUGGCUACUAUGAUCUCUACCAUGAGACCCGAUAUAGAUAAUAUGGAUGAAUAUGUUCGUAACACAACAGCUAGAGCUUUUGCUGUUGUAGCUUCUGCCCUGGGCAUUCCUUCACUAUUGCCCUUCUUCAAAGCUGGGUGCAAAAGCAAGAAGUCCUGGCAAGCGAGACACACUGGUAUUAAGAUUGUACAGCAGAUAGCUAUUCUUAUGGGCUGUGCCAUCUUGCCACAUCUGAGAAGUUUAGUUGAAAUCAUUGAACACGGUCUUGUGGAUGAGCAGCAGAAAGUUCGGACCAUUAGUGCGUUGGCCAUUGCUGCCUUGGCUGAAGCAGCAACUCCUUAUGGUAUCGAAUCUUUUGAUUCUGUGUUGAAGCCUCUAUGGAAGGGUAUCCGCCAACACAGAGGAAAGGGUCUGGCUGCCUUCUUAAAGGCUAUUGGGUAUCCUAUUCCUCUCAUGGAUUCAGAAUAUGCCAACUACUAUACGAGAGAAGUGAUGUCAAUCCUUAUUCGAGAAUUCCAAUCUCCUGAUGAAGAAAUGAAGAAAAUUGUUCUGAAGGUGGUAAAGCAGUGCUAUGGAACAGAUGGUGUAGAAGCAAACUAUAUUAAAACAGAGAUUCUUCCUCCCUUUUUUAAACAUUUCUGGCAACACAGAAUGGCUUUAGAUAGAAGAAAUUAUCGACAGUUAGUUGAUACUACUGUGGAGUUGGCUAACAAAGUAGGAGCAGCAGAAAUUAUAUCCAGGAUUGUGGAUGAUCUGAAAGAUGAAGCUGAACAGUACAGAAAAAUGGUGAUGGAAACAAUUGAGAAGAUUAUGGGCAACUUGGGAGAUAUUGAUCACAAACUUGAAGAACAACUGAUUGAUAGCAUUCUUUAUGCUUUUCAAGAACAGACUAUAGAGGACGCAGUAAUGUUGAACGGAUUUGGCACAGUGGUCAAUGCACUUGGCAAACGGGUGAAACCUUACUUGCCUCAGAUCUGUGGUACAGUUUUGUGGCGUUUAAAUAACAAAUGCAAAGUUAGGCAACAGGCAGCUGACUUGAUCUCUCAAACUUCUGUUGUUAUGAAGACUUGCCAAGAGGAAAAAUUGAUGGGGCACUUGGGUGUUGUUUUGUAUGAGUAUUUGGGUGAAGAGUACCCUGAAGUACUGGGCAGCAUUCUUGGAGCACUGAAGGCCAUUGUGAAUGUAAUAGGUAUGCAUAAGAUGACUCCACCAAUUAAAGAUCUGCUGCCUAGACUCACUCCCAUCUUAAAGAACAGGCAUGAAAAAGUACAAGAGAACUGUAUUGAUCUUGUUGGGCGUAUUGCUGACAGGGGAGCUGAAUAUGUGUCAGCAAGGGAGUGGAUGAGGAUUUGCUUUGAGCUUUUGGAGCUCUUAAAAGCUCACAAAAAAGCUAUUCGUAGAGCCACAGUCAACACAUUUGGUUAUAUUGCAAAGGCCAUCGGCCCUCAUGAUGUGUUGGCUACACUUUUAAACAACCUCAAAGUUCAGGAAAGGCAGAACAGGUGUACCACUGUAGCAAUAGCUAUUGUCGCUGAAACGUGUUCACCCUUCACAAUGCUCCCUGCCUUAAUGAACGAAUACAGAGUUCCUGAACUCAAUGUUCAAAAUGGAGUGUUAAAGUCCCUUUCCUUCUUGUUCGAAUAUAUCGGUGAAAUGGGCAAGGACUACAUUUGUGCUGUCACACCAUUACUGGAAGAUGCUUUAAUGGAUAGGGACCUUGUACACAGACAGACAGCUAGUGCGGUGGUGCAACACAUGUCACUGGGGGUUUAUGGAUUUGGUUGUGAAGAUUUGCUGAAUUGUUUGUUGAACUAUGUAUGGCCCAAUGUGUUUGAGACAUCUCCCCAUGUAAUUCAGGCAGUUAUGGGAGCCCUGAAGGGCUUGAGAGUUGCUAUUGGACCAUGUAGAAUGUUGCAGUAUUGUUUACAGGGUUUGUUUCACCCAGCCCGGAAGGUCAGAGAUGUGUAUUGGAAAAUUUACAACUCCAUCUACAUUGGUUCACAGGAUGCUCUCAUAGCACAUUACCCAAGAAUCUAUAAUGAUGAUAAGAACACCUAUAUUCGUGAUGAACUUGACUAUAUCUUAUAAUUUUGUUGUUUAUUUUGUGUUUAAUGCACAGCUACUUCACACCUUAUACUUGCUUCGACUUGGUGAUGUACACUUUUAAACAUUGCAGAUGAGCAUAAAACUGGUCCUAGAGGAAGAGCUAGAAAUUCAGUAGCAUGAUUUUUAAAUAACCUGUCUUUGAUGUUGAUGUUAAACAGUAAAUGCCAGUAGUGACCAAGAACACAGGGACUACACACACUAUACUGG